CCGCCACCACCACCACCACCUCCUCCUCCGCCUCCACCACGACCACCACCACCGCCUGUCUAUCUACCUCCAGCUCCUCCACCACCCCCUCCGCCACCGCCUCCACCGCCACCGCCACCUCCUCCUCCUCCUCCUCCUCCUCCUCCUCCUCCUCCUCCUCCUCCUCCUCCUCCUCCUCCUCCUCCUCCUCCGCCGCCGCCGCCACCACCACCACCUGCAUAUUUACCUCCAGCACCCCCUCAACCUCCACCAAGGGUUUCAACGCCAGCACCGACAUACCUGCCACCCUAUGGCCAAGGCACUCAGCAAGCAGCCAGUUCUGCAUCAGCAUCUGCAACAGCAUCAGCAAAUGCGGUGAAAAUAAUAGGACCAGUCACGUCACCUGGUACAUCUGGAGUGAAUGCAUUUGCUGAUAGCAGUGCUUCAGCAUAUGCUUCGACGUAUGGUUAUUCAGCUCCAGGUCCUGCUGUUGCCAGUUAUCCAACUUCUAGACAAUCGUCUGCUGUUAAUUAUAAUUAUUCUCCACCUACUAGGAUAAGUUAUCCUGCACCUCCACCGGCGCCUAGUUAUCCAGCUCCAGCGCCUAGUUACCCAGCUCCUGCGCCUAGUUAUCCAGCUCCUGCGCCUAGUUAUCCAGCUCCUGCGCCUAGUUACCCAGCUCCUGCGCCUAGUUAUCCAGCUCCUGCGCCUAGUUAUCCAGCUCCUGCGCCUAGUUACCCCGCUCCUGCGCCUAGUUAUCCAGCUCCUGCACCUAGUUAUCCUGCUCCUGCACCAAAUUAUCCUGCUCCAGCACCUUCUCCAACUUAUGUUGCUCGUCCUGGACCGCGUUAUCUUCCUCCCGCUCCUGCCCCUGCCCCUGCUCCGGCCCCAGUUCCUGCUCCUGCUCCUAUCCCUGCCCCCGCUCCGCAACCUGGUUACCUUCCACCAUCAGGUUAA